AUGCGACCAGCACACUACCUCUGGGCACUAUGCCUCGGCCUCGCGAAUGCCACCGAAGACCAACCCGAAAAUGCAAACCACAUCUUCAACGCCAUCCAAUCAUCCCUCAGACACUAUGAAACAGCCCUCAAUCCACACGGAAUGUCUUUCCACCUUGCAGCCGUUCCGAAGGGAACACGCUUCUACCAUGGAACAGGUAGACCGGACCCCAUCACCGGCGUGGAAUGGCUAGCCUUCAAGCCACAGCACUCCCUUGGUUUCGCUCACCGCAGCGGCCGCAGAUCCAAGAGAUCAGAAGAGCAACAGCCUCUCAAUGAAGCUAUGCAUACCACAUCUCAUCUCUCGACUCAGGCUGGGUACUUGCAUACCUAUGCCGCAGCAAAAGAUCUUCGUCUUCUGUAUGUAGAUGGCAUGUCCGUGGGACCGGGCGGCGCGGCUGAAUCCCAGGAUCGGAUUCUGUUCAAUGAUACCAUCCACAAUCCGACCCCUGGUCCGCGUCCUCCUGUUGGUGGACCACCUGCGGAAAAGGAACGAGCGUUCCAAACGUGUCGGAUGGUGAAGGAGGUAUGGGGGGAUCGAAUUGAUGGGAUUGUGCGUACGGAGGGUGAUUUCGAGAUUAUUCUGUGUGCGUUCGAGCGUGAUUUGGACGUUGUGAAGAUAACGCAGACAAAACCACAGGAUGACUCUGGCUCUAGUCCUGGCCCUGGUCCUCGGAACGGUAUCAAAAAGAAGGGGAGGAAGGAUGAAAAGGGUCGUGGGCCGGGUGGUCCUCGUUCACCUCGUGGGCCAUUCAGGGGCGAUUGCUGCUCUAUUGCUGCUAAGUACGAUCAGUUACUGGGCCACAAGGUUCUUUUGGAUUUUGAUCAUUUUGUUUCGGCUUUUGGGUAUGGAUUGGAUCUGUUCCCUGGUGAUUCCGGUCACCCUGUCUUGGACCAUAUCCCGACUGAGAAGUUAGAGCCCAUUCGACGGGAUAUCAACUCGAUGAUCAAUACCUUGGAGCCCUCCCUAGGCUCCUUCAAUUGGCAGUCUGUUGCUGAUAUGAUCGUCUUUCGGUAUUCGGAGGAGUUGCAGGUUCUUGCGUCUGGAAAUUUCACCUCCGUUGACUCGAUUCAUGAGAGGAUUGAGGUGAUACUGGAACCUUUCAUCGAUUAUAGAGACUUCGAGGCGAAAGAAAUGAUCAUUGACCUGUGUCAAAAUGAGUUCAUUCCAGAUUCUGCACCUUUGGGCAGCGUUGGGGGUCGUGUCAUCUCUUCAAUCUCCAGGACUGUCUGCUCGACUUUGGUUUCAGGGCUGCUGGAUGAGAAAGAUUUGACUGAAACGGCUGAAAGCUUCAAGCGACUGGUUCAGUACUUGGAUUGGACUACCUGGAAGGGGACAUGA